UUGAAAAGUUAAAAUAUUUGAUAAUUUUUACAUUAGAGCAGGGCAGCAGGUAAUAAAAAUUGAUGUUAUUAUGUGUCUAGUCUACAAUCAGUAAAUGCGUUAUACACUUUAUAAUACAUAUAUAUUUUAUCUAUACUUGCUAAAUGGAUAGUAUAAUAUACAGAUAAUUAAUGUUAAAAUUGGACUUAUAUUUUAUGAUUCUAUUAGGUAGGUACUUCCUUACGUUUUGUAAUCUACCUACAGUUAAAUAUCAUUUUUACGUAAAACUGUUUCGUCGUGAGCGUGUGAUUCAAUUAUUAAGUGUUUUCAUCAAUAUUAAUAUAUAUUAUUUUUUAUUAUAUAAUAAACUAUAAUAACUAUGCCAAAAAUUAUGAAUUGUGAUAAUCCAGUGAGACGGUACUUCAAAUAUCACGCUGAAGGUGAAAAUGCGAACAAAUCUAUAUGCAAAAUUCAAAAUUGCAAUAAAAUAUUAGCAGGUAAUCAUUUGGGUAAUUUGAAGCGUCACUUAAAGGUCUUUCACGCCAUAGAAUAUCAGCAAAUAUUAUUGGAGGAAGAUGAAAUUAGUACAGAUACUACAAAUACCGUUUCUAUGUCAUCGACUUCUUCAAAUUCACCUGAUUUAUUUCCACCAACACAAAAGAGAAUGCACAGUGCAGAUAAAACAAUUAACGUGUCAAUAAAACCGGGCAGUGAUUGA